AUGGUUCUUCAAUCACUUGCAUGGCUGCGUCCUCGACGUAUAUCUAUCCCUCGACCAUCGAAGAUCUUUACUCGCAAGCUCAUGCUCCCACUUGCUGCCGUUUCCGUCCUCAGCGCAAAACUCCUCCACAUUUAUGCUCAUCGCCAGGCUCUGUCCACUGAAGAUUUGCUUCGCUGGGGCGCCUCCUUCUUCUUCCAAGAUGUCGUCUUCAUUCUAUUUAUUCGCAUGCUUCUCGAGAGUCGCAUGUCCAUUUUGUUUAUUCUAGGCUCCUCUUUCAGCAUGGCUGUCCUUGUUCUCAGCUGCGGCACCCUGGCUUGCUACAUGACGAUAUACACGGAGCCCGACUGGAACAAUGCCGGUAUUGUCCUCGAUCCUGCCUGGUGGGCUGUCUUGCCCACCGGCCUGGCCUCACUUGCCUUUGUUUCUGCUGCCAUGACUGUCCUCGCUGCUGCCACCCAACAGUUUUGGAUUGUCAUCGCGGAUAUGACUUCCGAUGCUCUGCUUUGGCCCUUCCGCCGCUGCUUCGCCAAAGACAAAUACCAGAGCCUCACUCAAGGGCCUUCCAACAAGUACGAAGACGACACGCUCAACCCUUCCGACGCUCAAGGCCUUCUGGGAUACAGAGACGAUGACAGCGCUGAGCAGGGACUGCAUUUCGAAACUCAGCUGCCUGCUCCCUCCAAGUCGGCCAUUGGCGGCUACAUUGUCUGCGGCGCCGUUGCUGCCGCUACCAUCAUCACCACCAUGUUGCGCCCUCACGAUUCAGCCUACACUCUCAUGUCCUGGACUCUUCCUCUACAGCCCAUUGUUGAUCUCUCGGGCUCCGGCGGCCCUGCAGUCAUCACCAGCCAUAAUAGCGGCCCCAACAGCAUAAGCGAUAUCCUUGAAGGCAAGACCGCUCUGUCCGACCCCAUUCCUCUCUCUUGGCUGCCCGAAGGGCCGCCUCUCAAGGGCUUUGAAGACUGGUAUCAUGAUGGCGCCGAACACUACAGUGCUGAGGCCGAUCCCCUCAAGGUGUCCAACAUGCAGAACGAACCCCUCUCCGAUUUGCGCGGAAAGCUUGCCGAUGUGGACAUUCGCCACGUCAUCGUCGUCAAGAUGGAGUCUAUCCGAAAGGACGUCUUCCCCAUUAAACAAGGAGGGAAAAUUUGGAGAAAAUUGGUCGAUUCAAGUUCUAAUAAAACGCUUGCUAGUAAUGUCAAAGAGAGGUUGGCUACCCUGACACCACUGGCUAAUUCGCUCACCUGCGACUACAAUGAUGGCUUCGCACACUCGAAUCGCACUUGCAGAGGCGGCAUCAGCGCAAAUAACGCUUUCACCGCCAGCACAUACACGCUCAAGAGUGUUAUCGCCACAUUGUGCGGCAUUGGGCCUGUCGCUGCCGAUUUCAAUGUCGAGGCCAAAUCGCAUUUCUACCAACCUUGCCUAACACAUGUGCUUCACGCCUUCAAUGCUAUCAAUCACACCGAGAGUAGAAAAGGCAGUAAAGAGUUUCAGCCGUACCCCUGGAAGUCAUACUAUUUUCAAGCUGCAACCGACUCUUUUGACAACCAGGGGGCACUCUUCCCGAUCCUUGGAUACCAGUCUGACAACGUCAUCACCAAAGAAUACCUUCAGAGCGAAUCUGCCAAAUUUGGCAAGUCAACUCUGAGCGACGUCAACUACUUCAGUAUUCCCGAAGUAGCCCUCGAGGACUACAUUGUGGACGCCUUCCAGGUCGCCAAAGAAAAUAACGAAAGAGUCUUCUUGACUCAUCUAACCAGCACUACCCACCAUGCAUUCGGAAUCCCCGCCGGGGAAAAGUACGUGCACAUGAGCGAGAAUAAAGAUCUCGAGGACCUUUCCAACUAUAUCAACGCUGUAGGCUACAGCGAUCGCUGGCUGACCAAAUUGCUUGGUAUUCUCGAGGAACAAGGCGUUGCGAAUGAGACGCUGGUCGUCUUUUCUGGAGAUCACGGCAUGCCCGUAGCCGAGGACGGCAUUGCAACCUACCACAAUGACGAAACGGCCAGCUUCCACGUCCCGAUUGUCUUCUCCCACCCCAACCUGCCCAGGGUGGCGGUCGACGAUGUCGUAUCCACUAUGCAAAUCCUCCCUACUGUGCUGGAUCUCUUGAUUGAGUCCGACUCGUUGUCGCAAGAGUCCAAGCGCGCCGCCUCUGACCUUGCCAAAAACUACGAGGGGCAGUCUCUCCUUCGUCCUUUGCAUGCUGCUGCCGAAAAUGGUCACGGCGAUUGGCAGUUUAGUGUCACCAAUCCCGGUGGAGCCACACUGGCAGCCCGGGACGGCAGGAACCCCAACUGGCGGUUGACUUUUCCCAUAACCUCUGGCCAAGAUUGGCACUUUGUCGAUGCCAGCUCCAACUCGAGCGGCAUUUUCUCUCUCUCAUUUGAUACCCUUCGCAACCGUGCUCAAGCGCAAUUGGGCACAGAAGUUGCGGACUGGCUGGAAGAAGCAGCCAUUGUCAGUCGUUGGUGGCUGGAUGAGAACCAAAGAAGAUGGCGCUUCGGCAAAUACGCCCCCGCCCAAGAGAAAGAAGAUUAA